AUGUCCUUUAUUGCUUAUCAUGCUGCAGCAGAGGAGAAAUCUGAGGACAAAGUUGACAUACACAUGUAUUUUGGUGGGAGAUUUAGAGAAAAGCCAAGACUCCAAUACACAGGAACCCACAUGGCUAUUUUCAAAGACAGAAUAGAAAAUCAGUUAUCGAUAGUGAGUCUGUGUAGAAUGUUUAAAAAGGUAGAUGAAGGAGCAACUAGAGUAACUUUUUGGUUUUGUGUCCCAGAUGUGGAUUUAGAAGGUGGUCUACACCCAAUUAGAGACAAUAAUGAUAUUGAAUUAAUGAACCAGUGCUACUGGAACUUGCCUAAGGAAAGGCUAAUUUAUGCUUGCAGUGGGGAUGAGCCAUUUGAAAAGGAGCCAGAAGAUGGUGGGGUCAGUGAUGGAAUAAAAAAUGAAGGCCAUGAUACGGGUGCAUGUGAAGAUGGUGGGGUCACUAACACUACGAGGACAGCUGCAUGUGAAGAUGAUGAAGAGCCAGAAUGGUUAAAAGAUGGGUUGGAAACAAUAGAAGAUGAAGACAUCUUUAGCCCAAAGAAAGAUGCUGUUGGAGACAGCAACUACAACAAAAAAGGUGGGGCAGGGGCAGAUGGCACUAGUGCUUCUUCAAAAUUGCCAGUGCAUGUAUUCUCAUUUGCUGGAAAGUCAGAUGAAAAAAGUUCUCCUAAAAGGGGUUCUGUGAGAAAGAAAAGGGCCAGUAAAAAUUCACAAUAUAGAGGGCCUGACGUGAUUCAGCAAAUUACACCACCUGUUUCAGAGCAAAGGCCAUCAGAAGUUGAAGAUGUAAGCAUUGAAAAGGGACCUGUUUCAUCUCAGAAGCUAUCAAAAGAUGAAGCUAUAAACAUUGAAAAACCACCUGCAACAUUUAGAGAAUCAGAUUUGAGAGAAGAAGACGAAAGGGUAGGGAAUGCUGAGGUGACUGAAGAGGAUUGGCAAGAACCUGUGGUUCCGGAUGAAGAGUUGCUAGACAAAUUUAGAUCUGGUAGUGGAGAAGAAGAUGACUGCCUUGACUUUAAUCCUAAAGUUGAGUUUAGGAAGCCACACUUUGAGCUGAAAGUGGGGCAAAAGUUUACUAAUUUUAGAGUGUUUAGAUCUGUGUUGUGUGAAUGGCUAGUAAGAGAGGGUUAUGAAGUUACUUGGGUGAAAAACUACUCCAAGAAAAUUAUUGCCAACUGUGCAAAAGGUUGUAGUUGGAGGAUUCGGGCAACACCAAUUCAAGAUGAAUCAACCUUCCAAAUAAAGUCACUGAAGGGUGAGCAUGUGUGUGCUCGAGAAUAUCAAAAUAAGCAUGCAACAGCCACAUAUCUGAGCAGCAAAUAUCAAGAUAAGAUCAGGGAUAAUCCAAAAAUUGAGUUGAUGGGCUUGAAGAAUGACAUCAGAAGAGAUUUAAUGAUCAAUGUGUCAAUUUCUAAGGUUGGUAGAGCUAAGCGUAAGGCAAAGGAUAUGAUGCUUGGCACGGACAUGGAGCAGUAUCAAAAACUCUGGAGUUAUGCCGCCACCGUCCGAGACACAAAUGCUGGAAGUACUAUAAAAAUUCAGAUUGACAAAGCACCUGAUGGUUCAACAGGUAUAUUUCAAAGGUUAUAUUAUUGCUUGCAUGCCUGCAAGCAGGGUUUCCUUGAUGGUUGUAGACCAAUAAUUGGUCUAGAUGGCUGUUUUCUUAAGACAACAUUUGGUGGACAAUUAUUGUCAGCACUUGGCAGAGAUGACAACAAUAACAUGGUGCCAAUAGCAAUUGCAGUGGUAGAGGUAGAGCGGUAUGACUCCUGGAAAUGAUUUUUGGAGUUGCUAAUGGCUGAUUUGGGCAUGGGAAGAGAUAACAUUCCUUGGACCUUUAUCUCAGAUAGACAGAAAGGGCUUGUGCAUGCCGUCAAUGAAGUGUUUCCAGAUUCAGAACAUAGAUUUUGUUUGAGGCAUAUGUACCAGAAUUUUAACCAAAGGUUCAAAGGAAAAGAAAUGAAAGACAUGUUUUGGGCUGCUGCAAGUGUUGGCAAUGAAAAGGAAUGGAAAGUGGCAAUGAUUGAACUAGAAAAGGCAAACAAAGAAGCUGCUGACUGGUUGAGCAGAAUUCCACCAACUCUUUGGAGUAGAUCACAUUUUACAGGAUGUAGUAAAUGUGACAUUCUGGUAAACAAUCUAAAUGAGUCAUUCAACAACUACAUAUUAGAAGCAAGAGAGUUACCUAUCAUUGGGAUGCUUGAAUGGAUAAGGAGGAGAUUGAUGCAGAGAAUUCAAACAAAGAGAUCUGGAAUGCAAAAGUUUCAAGGAGAAAUCUGUCCUAAUAUAGCAGAAAAGAUUGACAAGAAUCAGAGGUUGAGUAGGACAUUUGUUGCGACCUGGGAUGGGGGUCACAAGUAUGAGGUUGACUGUGGUGUGAGAAAAUGUGUAGUAGUAGACUUGAAAAACUGGACAUGUACCUGUGGGUAUUUUCAAUUAACAGGUUAUCCUUGUGCCCAUGCAUGUGCUGCGAUAGGAGUGUGUAGAUUACCUAUAAAAAAUUAUGUGCAUACUUGCUACACUAGAGCUGAAUAUCUAAAAAUAUAUGCACAUACUAUCACACCUGUUCCAAGUGAUAUUUACUAGAUAACUUGCGAAGAAGAGGCCAUAAACCCCCCUGUGGUUAGGAGAAUGCCUGGUAGACCAAAGAAACUGCGCCGAAGAGCGCAAGAUGAGCCUAAGAAGGGUCAAGUAUCAACUAGAAAGGGUCUUGUGGUACAUUGCAAGAGAUGUUUUCAGCCACGGCAUAACUCACGGACGUGCAAGAAUCCCAUUCACCCUAACUCCAAAUUUUAUAAGGCACCUGAAGCAAGCGCAGCUGAAUCCAUUCAAUCACAACCAAUUGCUGAGUCGUCCACUCAACCACAGCCAAUUAGUGAAGGAGCUGCUGGUACUCGAAGUACUACAAAGAAUGGAGAUAACAAGGCUGAUGGCACCACUGCAACAGUAAAAAGAGCCAGAGCUCCAACUGUUACUGAUGUCCUGCGGAAAUUAAGGCCAAAGAGAUCAAAAGCCUAAGAAGGCUUAAUUACCUGCCAGAAUAGUGGCCUAGCCGUAGUUAGAAUAGCUUUUGGAAUAUUUGUAGUUGCUGAAUGAAACUGAAUAUUUGGUGAAUCUAUGUUCUGGGAACAGAUUUUGGGUUGAAGUUCUUGGCAACCACCAGAUUAAUGUUAUGUGAUAUGGGUGAUGUGAUGUUGUAGUUGCUGAAUGAAUCUAUAACAUUUGUUGUAUAUCUCUUCUGGGAACAGAUUCUGUGAACAGAUUUUGGUGUCUGUUAUGUGAAAUGGCAGCUUUAAUCA